CCCAAACUUCCACUGUUUCAUUCCCAAACCCAAACAAACACAACAAUAUUCAAAACAAAACCAAAUGGCCCAAGAGUUCACGGAGUCCGAGGUUGUCUUCCCUGACCAGCACCACGCUGUAGUCAUUCGCCAGGCCGCACCACCUCGGAAGGAGAAGAGGGCGGCAAGUUCGCGGCCAGUUAGUAUACCGGAGAAGGCGCAGCGGUGGAAUUCCGGUGAGGAAGAUGCGGAGGAAGAGGAGAUGACGCCACCGCACGAGAUCGUGCGGCGGCGCGUGGCUGGAAAAAUGGCGUUCUCCGUGUGCACUGGAAAUGGGCGGACAUUGAAGGGGCGAGAUUUGAGUCAGGUCAGGAAUUCGAUCCUCAGGUUGACUGGUUUUCUGGAAGCUUGACCACACUUUAUUUCAUUCUUUCCCGUUGAAGGGGAUUGAAACCAAGAAUUAUUAUUAAUUAAUUGAUUAAUUAGUUAUAGUUAAUUGUGAUUACCUCAUAUUCUGAAAGAAUUUGAGGACUUUUUUUGGAGACUCGGUGGUUGUAACAAGGAACAUUUUAAUUUGGAGAUUAGAAAUGAAAUAAAUUUAUUUGAUUUAUUGAUUUUCAUA